AUGAAGGGGCUUGUUUACGGGCUGUUGGCAUAUUAUGGGGAGCUAGAGACACUCCCUCCCUUUCCCUUUCUGUUGCAUACUGCUUACUCGGUUUUCUUGGGUCAGGGGUCUAAUAAUUUUGCUGAGUUGCGUAGUUUGUUGGAAGGGGUUAGGAGGUGCCAUCAGCUGGGCUUUCGUCGGGUUGAGAUUGAGGUUGAUUCCCAAUUGCUGGUUCGCUGGUGUACUAAGGGUGAAUGUAAUAUUUGGUACCUAGAAGAUUUUUGGGAGGAAUUGUGGGGUCUAUUGGGCAGUAUGGAGUUUCGCAUGCAACAUGUUUUUCGUGAAGGUAAUGUAGUCGUCGAUUUUCUAGCCAAAAGGGGAGCUGGGGGUUUAAAUAGGGAUUGGUCUGUUAAUGAUUCCUUACCCGAUCAGCUCCGUGGUUUGCUUCGUAUGGACAGAAUUGGUCUCCCCUACUUGCGCAUCUCGUAG